AGGUAGAGGAGGAGGAGAAGAAUAAAGAGCAGAGCCCGGAGGAAGAGGAGGAGGAGAAGAUAAAGAGCAGAGCCCGGAGGAAGAGGAGGAGCAGUGUGGAUGUAGCUGUCGCGUCGCACCGAGCAGCUGCUGAGCGGCUGUAACUUUGUGGAUCUGCAGAGACGCAGAGGAUGGGAGUGACCUGCUGCUCCAGAUGUGUCUCAGUCUUCCUGUCGCUGCACAUCUUCUCCGUGCUGCAGGUGCUGGUCAGCGCUGGUCAGUGUGACUCGGUGUUUAAAGGAUUCUCCGACUGCCUGCUGCAGCUGGGGGACAACAUGGCCAACUAUCCCCAGGACCUGGACGACCGGGAGAACCUGCACAAGAUCUGCAGCUACUGGGACAACUUCCACUCGUGUGCCACCACGGCGCUGGCCGACUGCCAGGAGGGCGCCACCGACCUGUGGGAGAAGCUGAAGAAGGAAUCUCGCACUCUGGAUUUCCGUGGGAGUUUGUUUGAACUCUGUGGCGGCGGCAACGCAGCCCCCCCACCCGCGGACGCCAGGGGGAUGGCCUGGCUGCUCAGCGCGCUGCCCACCCUACUGACUUGGCUGGCGUUUUAA